UCUAGAAACAACCCCAAAAAUGAGUGGAAGAGGCAAAACCGGCGGAAAGGCCAGAGCAAAGGCAAAGACCCGCUCAUCCCGUGCCGGGCUCCAGUUCCCGGUCGGUCGUGUCCACAGACUGCUGCGUAAAGGGAACUAUGCCCAGCGUGUUGGUGCCGGUGCCCCCGUGUACCUGGCAGCUGUGCUGGAGUACCUGACCGCUGAGAUCCUGGAGUUGGCUGGAAACGCUGCCCGUGACAACAAGAAGACUCGUAUCAUCCCCCGUCACCUGCAGCUGGCUGUCCGCAACGACGAGGAGCUCAACAAGCUGCUGGGCGGAGUGACCAUCGCUCAGGGCGGCGUGCUGCCCAACAUCCAGGCUGUCCUGCUGCCCAAGAAGACCGAGAAGGCCGCCAAGAAGUAAACACUUACCAAGGACUGCAAACAAACACAAAGGCUCUUUUAAGAGCCACU